AAGACCUAACCCUUGUUUCACCAACACACACCCUACAUUGAUUCCUCAGAUUCUUACAUUACAACUUCAGUGUUCUGUUUCUUAUUUUCAGUUCAAAACAUGUCUGCAAACGGUGUUCCCAAGAGGGCUUACGUCACUUUCUUGGCCGGCAAUGGGGAUUAUGUGAAAGGUGUUGUCGGCUUAGCCAAGGGUUUGAGGCAUGUUAAGUCUUUGUACCCUUUGGUGGUGGCUGUUCUGCCUGAUGUUCCCGGAGAGCACCGCGAGAUCAUCCGCUCACAGGGCUGCAUUGUUCGCGAGAUUGAGCCUGUUUAUCCGCCGGAGAACCAGGCACAGUUUGCAAUGGCUUAUUAUGUCAUCAACUAUUCUAAACUUCGUAUUUGGGAGUUUGUGGAGUACGAGAAGAUGAUAUACUUGGAUGGUGAUAUUCAAGUGUUCGGCAAUAUCGAUCACCUUUUUGAGCUUGACGAUGGCUAUUUCUAUGCCGUCAUGGACUGCUUCUGUGAGAAAACAUGGUCCAGUUCUCCUAAGUACAAGAUUGGAUAUUGCCAACAAUGCCCGGAAAAAGUUGACUGGCCGACUUCAAUGGGGUCGCCGCCGCCGCUCUAUUUCAAUGCCGGCAUGUUCAUUUACCAGCCUGAUCUUGUCACUUACCGCCGCCUCUUGGACACUCUCAAAGUCACUGCUCCUACUUCCUUUGCUGAGCAGGACUUUCUGAAUAUGUUCUUCAGGGAGAUUUACAAGCCGAUCCCUCCUGUUUACAACCUCGUCUUGGCUCUUCUAUGGCGCCACCCUGAAAAUAUAGACCUUGGGAAAGUCAAGGUCGUUCAUUAUUGUGCUGCGGGAUCAAAGCCAUGGAGGUACACUGGGAAGGAAGAAAACAUGGAGAGAGAGGACAUAAAGAUGUUGGUGAAGAAGUGGUGGGAAAUUUACGAAGAUGAAUCUCUGGAUUACAAGGGAUCUGCCAUUGAUGAACACAGAAAUCUCAGCUCCAUCAUCUCUAAGCUUAAUAAAGAUGAUGUUGUCGAUAACGAGAGGAAAGCACCAUCUGCAGCUUAAACAAUUCAUAUAAUCCAUUGAUUGU